AUGGCUGAGAAGAACAAAGUUGCCAAGCCUAAGGAAAGGCAUUGCCCAGAGGUCAAAUUCUCCAAACCAAAUAACUACAUAGAAUCCAAUUCAAGAAAAAGCUUUAAACUUACUUUCCCUCGUACACUUAAGCAUGAGCUCCCUCUCCAUUUGAGCAAUCCCUCCCAGGCUAAAGUCCAAGAACCUAAAAACAACAAGUGGAUUGCUCCCCCACUAGAUGUAUUCAAAGCUAAUUGGGAUGCUGCCAUUGAUAAAGGCAACUCGAGGUUGGGGAUUGGUGUGAUUGUUAGGAACUCAGAAGGAUCUGUUAUGGCCUCAUUGUGCUCAUCGAUGGACCUAAUUCCUGAUCCACUCCUUGGGGAGGCUGUAGCAGCUCGAAGGGCUUCUUCCUUUUGUGCAGAGUUGGGACUACAACAUAUUAUUCUUGAAGGUGACUCUCUAUCCGUGGUAAAGGCUAUUCAACACAAGGAGGAUAGUUGGAGUGACACUCGUCUUGUUAUUAGAGACAUUAAGAUCAUGCUAUCCAAGACCCGUUCUUGGUCUGUUUUACAUGUCCAUAGAGAAGUUAAUGUAAUUGCUCAUCAUUUGGCAAAGUUUGCUCUUAGCUGCCAGGAAGACUGUAUACUUAUUGAGGACUAUCCUCCAUGCAUCCAGCAUUUGCUUUAA